UAGGUUGUUGGCAACCUCGAGUUCUCUUUUUCAACGUCGUAAGUGGCUGUACUCGGUUCUUAUUAAAGUAUCACUAUGACGAAUUCGAAGGGUUAUCGACGAGGAACAAGGGAUUUGUUUUCCCGAAAAUUCCGCAAACAUGGAACAAUACCAUUGUCGACAUACAUGAAAGUAUACAAAGUUGGCGAUAUCGUUGACAUAAAAGGCAAUGGAGCUGUUCAAAAGGGUAUGCCCUAUAAAGUUUAUCAUGGAAAAACUGGACGUGUUUUUAAUGUAACUCCCCAUGCUCUUGGUGUCAUUGUGAACAAAAGAGUACGUGGACGUAUCAUCGCUAAAAGAAUUAACGUACGCAUCGAGCAUUUGACUCACUCUAAAUGCAGAGAAGAUUUCUUGAAACGUGUAAAGGAAAAUGAAAGGUUACGGAAGGAGGCAAAAGAGAAGAAUAUUAAGGUUCAACUAAAAAGACAACCGGCAGAACCGAUGCAAGCACACAUUGUAUCAGGACGUGAAAAGCCUGUCUUGCUUGCUCCUAUUCCGUAUGAAUUUAUUGCUUAAAAUUUAAAUAAACACGUGUCAACAAAA